AUGGCUGAAACAGCAGGAGACAUGCAGAACGAUCCUCUCUUAGAUGUCAUUGACGAAAAGGCCAAUGAUAUCGAAGAUUUAAGUGAACAUUUCUAUGACACGUGUUCUCUUGACUCACCAAAUAAGAUAGGAGAGCCUAAAUUUUCUGAUUCACAUGACGAUCCAAUGGAUUUUCACGACCCAAAGUCGGAGCAUGAUGGGGAAGACAUUUUGCAAGCUCGAUUAGAAGAGGAGAACCUUUUGUCAACUGAAGAAUUGGAGCGUCGUAAACUUAAGGCCAUCGAUUUAAAAGAAGAUGGAAAUUCUAAAUUCAGAGAAAAUCUUUUUGAAGAUGCACUUUCGUUGUACACAACAGCACUGGACACUUGUCCUUUAAGGUUUUCUGAUGAGCGGGCGAAGAUUUACUCGAAUCGCGCUCUUUGUCAUUCUCACCUGGGAUCUCCUAAAGCUGCCCUAACAGACUGUGAUGAGGCCCUAAAGCUAAACCCGGAUUAUCUUCGAUGUCUAAUUCGUCGUGCUGACCUUAGAGAAUCAGCUGACCGCCUGACAGAAGCACUAGAAGACUAUCAGCACGUUUUACAACUUGAUCCUUCCAACGCUAAGGCUCGCGCCGCUUGUGCUAUACUACCAGAGAAGAUAAAUGCUCAGCAGGAAAAGUUGAAGGCAGAAAUGUUCUCCCAAUUGAAACAACUGGGCAAUCUUGUUUUGAGGCCUUUUGGUCUUUCUACGGACAACUUUAAGCUGACGAAGGACCCUAACAGUGGCGGUUACUCGGUCAGCUUUCAGCAGUCCACCUGA